UUUUCCAGUCACUCAAGCCCGUUGCCCUGGGGACAUGUGACGUCAUCGCAACAGACCAAUAACGCUACAGAGCUUUCUUGUUACGUACUAAAUUUGAAAAGUGAGUCUAGUGCGGGGAGGAGAAAACGGCUACACAGCGGCUGAAGGGAGAGAGCCCGGCACAGAAGCCACGGACGGAUUGGAGCGACCGGCGCCAUGAGGAGAAGUGAGGUAAUUGCCGCUGAAUCUGUGGCAUGCUUAAACUCUGCUUUAUCUCGUCUUCGGGAUAUCUGGGAGGAAAUUGGGAUACCAGAAGACCAGCGUCUGCAGAGAACUGAUGCUGUCAAGAGACAUGUAAAUAUGCUUUUAACAAGAAUGAUUGAUGAAGAAGAAAGCUUGAAGGAACGUCUCCUAAAGAGCAUUGAUGUCUGUCGCCAAGAGCUAAACACACUGUGUGAUGAACUGCAUCUUCCUCCAUUUGAAGAGGAUGAUAGCACUAUUCUGCAGCUGGAAAAGGAUUUACGAACACGCGUUGAAGUCCUGUUGAAACAAAAAAAGGAAAGAAUGCAGGAACUUAAACUGUUAAAGCAACGUGAUCAAGACUUGUGUGACAUUCUGUGCACAUCUCCUUACUAUGUUGAUGGUCAACGUGUUCCAAGCCUGGAUGAACUAGAUCAAUUUAGGAGGCACUUAUCUGCACUUUCUGUAGAAAAGGAAAGUCGUGAAGCAGAGUUUGUGAAAACCAAGAACCGGAUCAUCCUCUGCAUGGAGGAGCUGGAUCACCUGCCUAAUACUAGCUUUGAGAGGGAUGUUGUUUGUGAAGAGGAAGAAGCUUUCUGUCUUUCAAAGGAAAAUCUUUCAGCUUUACAUCAGCUUCUCUUUCAGUUAGAAGAACAGAUUACUCAAAAUCAAUCCUUAUGUGAAGAAUUACGGUCCAAAAUUCUUGAGCUCUGGGAUAGACUUCAGAUCACUGAAGAGGAGAGAAAUGCUAUGUCACUGCAUAUGACUGGAUCAAAAGGAAAAACUAUUAAAGCAUUACAAGAGGAAUUGGAUCGUCUUCAAGAGCUAAAGCUGCAGAAUAUUAAAAUUUUUAUUGAAGUAAUUCGAGCAGAGUUAUCAGCCUACUGGGACAAGUGCUUUUAUAGCAAUGAGCAAAGGCAAACUUUUGCUCCAUUUUAUGAUGUUGACUACAGUGAAGACCUGCUAGCUCUCCAUGAUGUUGAAAUCAACCGCAUCAAGCAGUACUAUGAGGACAACAAAGAGAUGUUUGAAGGUGUGCAAAAGUGGCAAGAGAACUGGAAUCUCUUUCUAGAGCAUGAUAGAAAGGCAACAGAUCCAAAUAGGUUCACGAACCGUGGAGGCAAUCUCUUGAAAGAAGAAAAGCAACGAGCAAAGUUGCAAAAAAUGCUACCCAAGCUGGAGGAGGAAUUAAGAGUUCGCAUUGCAGCGUGGGAAGGAGAACAAGAGCAGGAGUUCUUUGUGGGUGGAAAGAAAUUUAUGGACUAUGUUGCAGAGCAGUGGAACCAGUUUAACCAGGAUAAAGAAAAGGAGAAACAAGAGCGGUUAAUGAAGAAGAACCGUCAGCUAGAGGAAGAAAUGUAUUACGGAAGUGCACCCAGAACACCUAACAAGCGAAGAGUGCUUGGCACUACUACACCUAGUAAACUGCGCAAGCUUAAUGCCACAAAUGUUUCCAGUUCCACCAACAGCACACUGCGCUCUGCAUUCAGUGGGACACUCUGCCAGUCUCCUGUGUCACGUCCACCCCCUAGUGGUGGCAAGCCUGGCCUACCUAUCCGAACUCCAACCAGAGUCUUCAAAACGCCACAGUCGCGGAGGCUGGAGAAAAACAAGGAGAACAUGUCUCAAUUAAGUGGAACCGCCAUGAGCGGUGGGUGCCACCUCACAUUUCCUGCCCAACGUAACCUCAGCGUUAACUCUGUUGCCAGCACCUAUUCUGAGUUUGCGAGGGAUUCCACACAUAUUGACUCCACAUCCAUAUAUUCCAGCGAGAACUUUCAAAAGCUACAAGAGCUAACACCAACCCCCGAAUCCUGAACUCUACCAUAACCAACAUGUAAUAACCUGUCCUGAGAAAUGGACUGAAAUGGACAUAAAAGCAGAUGUACCUUUGGCAUCAGCUGCCACUCUGUGGCAUGUGUAUUGUAGGUGCUUUCUGAUGACUCUGCUUAGACGGGGGAAUGCCCAUGCUAAUUUUGCACUGUAAAUUCAUCUCUAUAGCAUAUAUUAAUAAAACCUUAGUUCGCUUUGAGAUAUAAAGUAUUGGUUAUAAAUGAUCUCUGAAGGUUGGCAUCUGAGGGUUUGCAUUUAUCCAUUCUGCAAUGUUCUUUGUACUGUACAUAGCUUUAGAAUUGGAUGUUCUGACUACAGUUCAUACUGCAAGGUUUGCUGUUUUAUUUGUAUAUAUACGGUUUUUAGAUAAUCAUGAACACUUUUGCACAUUUAUUUCUAAUGUCACUACAUCUCUUCCACAAAAUGUUUGUUGAAAUUCUUAUGGUUCUUGUUUUUGAUGUUUACAUUGCCACAAACUGCUUUAGGGUUAUUAUGGACUUAAAAUGUAAAUGCUGUGGGUAACGUGACCUCAAUACAAUUACAGUGGUGGAGUAGAAGUAAUCUGAUUAUAUUUUCUAGCAGUACAGAGGGAAAAAAGAGCGGCCCACAAUGUGCCACAUGUACAGUUUCAGAAUAGGAAAAACACUACACACUAGUCCAUUUAUUUUAUUUUAAAGCAGAUCCAUUUUUGUGACAAGUGCGUCUGCUAAAUUAGACUCGGGCUAUUCCUAUUGUCCAGUAUGUAGAAGAACAAUGGAUUCCACAAAGCUUCUCAAGACGCAAGUACUUCCUUAUAAUGACUUGGAUCAGUAAUGUCACUAUAGCCACCCAUAUCAGACACGCUGUUGGGGUUCUUUAACCGGCACACAGAAAAGAGAACACCAGUUACUUAGGUGGGUGACUACCCAAAAACUGGGGUAUUCCAAUGAAAUGUUUGCUUUUUAUUUUUUUAUUAAAUUAGUAUUCUCGUCUUGGGCCUAGCUAAUUCUUUAUGGAUCACACCCAAGACCAAGGAGCAUAUUACUCCUGUAUAAAUGAGAUACUAUAAAAUCUCAAAAAUAAAUUACAGAUCUUACCCAAGUGACUGCCUAAACCAUAUACAGUAUGGGUUAAUAUAAACCCAGUUAAUGCAUAUUAAUGUAAUGUGGCCACAAAAUAGGUUUUUAUGAACAGGAUGUGAACUUUGGCCUUGUGUACUUUACAGAUGUCUCUGUACUGAUACUUGUACAUGUGCAAAUAGAGGUCAGUUCUUCAUGGCUUUAAAGAUCCGGUCUGUGAUGCAAUUUGAGGAAAAACUGUAUUUGCGGUAAUGCACCUGGUUGCUUUUGACAUUUUGUACAGUUCUUGUAUAGUAAAUUAAAAGUCUACUUUGUAACUAC